UUUAUAGGGCCACGUUAAUAGGUUGGAUGAAAUUAAUUCAACUUGAGAUGGACACAACAAGCAUGCUCCCAUUUUAAUUAUCUAAAAAUAAAAAAACAGUGAGAAAGGAGAGAGAGAGGGUGGGAGGUUAUUAAGGGUAUUUUGGGGUCUUGGUCUAAAUUGAAUAAACUGCCACAUUUUUUUUCUUUAUAUAGGAUUUUGUUGUUUUUUUUUCACUUUAUCCUCCUUUAUUUAAUUAUAUUCCACAUUUUUAUGAACGGGUUGGAGCAUCAAGUCACCUUUGAACUCUCAGCGAUGGUGAAGAGAAAUGGAUCUGCUAUUGCUUCUUGGGUCUGGAGAAGGUUAUUUUCUCACAAUUGCCUCUCAAAAAGGUACUUGUCUUCCUACUACUACUACUUUUCUCUCUCUAAACCCAAACCCAUUAUGGCAUGUUCAUUAUACAGUUUCAUUUCACUCUCAUUCUUCUACUUCAGAUCGUAAAUCACUGACCCAGAAACCUAGAAUUGGGUUUUACAAUAUUAAUAAUCUCCAAGACGCUCUCAAUUUAUUCUAUCGAAUGCUCCAAACGCGACCUUUGCCUUCUGUUAUUGAAUUUACUCAGCUUCUAGGGUUUAUUACCAGAAUGAAACAUUACCCUACUGUUGUUUCUCUCUACAAACAAAUGCUUGUGUUGGGUAUAUCUGUUGAUGAUUACACCAUGAACAUUGUAAUAAACUGUUAUUGCUACCUCAAUCGAGUCGAUUUUGGAUUUGCUACCUUAGGCCGACUUACUAUUGAACCUGAUGGAGUUAUGUAUGGAACAAUGAUAAAUGGUCUUUGCAAAACAGGGAAUACUAGCAUGGCCAUUGGGCUACUUAGGGAUAUGGAGAAAACAAGGGUUUCUAGUGCUGACUUAGUAAUGUAUAACACCAUAAUUGAUAGUCUUUGCAAGGACAGAAUGGUAGAUGAUGCUUUGGUCUUUUUCUCCGAAAUGAUUGAGAAAGGUAUGUUGCCUGAUGUUAUCACAUACAAUUCAUUGAUUCACGGACUUUGCAAUUUUGGUCGAUGGAAAGAGGCUAAAAGACUAUUGAAUGAGAUGGUGGAUCUGAAAAUUUUUCCAGAUGUAUAUUCCUUCAAUAUUUUGGUAGAUGCACUUUGCAAAGAAGGGUUGGUAAGAGAUACAGAGAGUAUACUAAAAAUCAUGAUUCAGAGAGGUGAGAAUCCUGAUGUAGUCACUUACAAUGCUUUGAUCGAUGGAUAUUGUUUGCAAGGCCAGAUGGAUGAAGCGAUGAAAGCAUUCAAUUCCAUGGUGGACAGGGGUAUUGUGCCAACCAAUAUUACUUAUAACAUCCUAAUCAAUGGAUAUUGCAUGCAGAUGAAGAUUGAUGAGGCCAUGCAUCUCUUGCUAGAAAUGCCCAGUAAAGGAUUGAAAUCCACAAUUGACACUUAUACAACUAUGCUGCAGGGGCUGUUCCGAAAUGGUAGAUGUGCUGCAGCGAGAAAACUUCUGAAUGAGAUGCAAGAUAGAGGCCAAAUUCCAAGUACACGCACUUACUGUGUCCUAUUGGAUGGCCUGUGCAAAAACGGGCACAUUUCUGAAGCGUUGUCAAUAUUUCACACGAUGGAAAGCAAUGGAUUAAAUUCUCAUAUUUUUAUUUACAACAUUCUCAUUGAUGGACUUUGCAAGAAUGUACAAUUGGAUGUCGCAUGGGAUCUUUUUGAUAAACUUUCCUUCAAAGAGAUGCAGCCUGAUGUUAUUACGUAUAAUAUACUUAUUCAGGGACUUUGUGUAGGAGGACUACUGAAGAAAGCUGAAGAGCUGCUCAGAAAAAUGGAAGAGACUGGUUGCUUGCCAGAUGGGGUCACUUACAACACUAUAGUCCGAGGAUGUAUGAGGAGAAAAAAGUGUGACAAGGCAGUGGCACUUCUAGAGGAAAUGACCAAGAAGGGUUUUUCAGUGGAUGCCUCUACUUUUUCUAUGUUACUUUUUCAAGACCCUGCGCUCCUCAAAAUGAUUCAGAAGUUCGUGCCAUGGACGUCCUAGCCUAAGUGCUACAUGGAUUUCAGCACUUCUCAGGAUGGAUAUUGUUGUUUUAACAUCUUGAAACUUGGUGUUUUCAAUCACUCAUGGCAUGGCUAUAAAAUGUUAAUACUAAUCUUUGUUCUUC